AUGCUUCCAAAGUGGAAUCCAAGAUAUCAAAAUAAUAAACGAGUCCAAGGAAAAUUCAACUCUGGAUUUCACUCUCGAUAUCAGAGAAAUCGAUUUAAUUAUUCUUCAUAUCAAGAUGACCUGUAUGAGCAAUCACCCGAAAUUAUCAAUAAUAAUAUUCCUAGAGCAAACGUUGCAUCAACAUUUCAUCAGAUGGAUCCAAGUAUAUCAAGUUCGUCGAAAAAUUACGGAAUUCAAAGCAACGCGUAUAACUUUUCGCACGAUAAUAUAAAUCAAUCAAUGGACAACACUCAACCCAAUCCAAUAAGUGGGUUGCGCAAAGUUUCUGAACUGCCUGACCGGUUUAGAUCGUUAUUUCCCUUUGGCGUCUUCAACAGCAUUCAAUCACAAUGUAUUGAUACCGCCUUAUACGGGAAUGAAGAUCUUGUUGUAAUCGCUCCAACUGGAUCUGGUAAAACUGUUGUAUUUGAACUUGCAAUGAUCAAUGUACUCAUGAAUGAUAAUGAUCAUGCAAGGAUGGUGUAUAUAGCACCAACUAAGAUUGACGAGGUUCAUAUAUUGCACGAAGAUAGAGGUGCCAUUCUUGAGGCUGUUGUUAGCAGGAUGAAACUCAUGGGAACUAAUAGCCGAUUUAUCGCAAUUUCUGCAACUGUGCCUAAUAUUGAAGAUGUUGCAUCUUGGAUCAAUCUUGGUUUUCAAAAUGAUAAUAAAUUUCCUCAAAAUAAUGUCAAAAUUCUACAAUUUGGAGAGGAGUAUCGACCUGUACGACUCUCUCGUCAAGUGUUAUCUUAUCCAACGGAUGGAAAUGUAUUCAAAUUUGAUAAAACAUUGAACGACAAACUUCUUGACAUAAUUCAACAAUAUUCUAACGGAAAGCCCACAAUGGUGUUCUGUACCACGAGAAAGUCUACAGAAGAUGCGUGUCAAACCAUUGUUAAACAACUCAAAAACAUGCGCAAGGAUCUACCGUGGAACAUCAGGCCGGUUGAAAUGACGUUUCACGACAAACAUUUACCAGAAUUCAUAAAAUAUGGUGUUGUUUUUCAUCAUGCUGGACUUCAUAUGCAAGAUCGAAAAAAUAUUGAAUCGAUGUUUUUACAAGGCGCAGUGCAUGUUAUAUGUGCAACAUCGACAUUAGCUAUUGGGGUGAACUUACCAGCUCAUUUAGUUAUAAUAAAAUCAACUAUGGCUUACAAAAAUGGCAGUUUCACAGAAUAUUCUGAUUCAGAGAUUAAACAAAUGCUUGGUCGCGCUGGUCGACCACAAUUCGAUGAUAGUGGAGUAGCGGUUAUAAUGACAAGCCACAAUAUGAAGCAAAAAUAUGAAGAAUUGGUAACUGGAAUUAAAGAUAGACUUGAGAGCAGCUUGCAUGAAACACUUCACGAACAUUUAAAUUCUGAAAUAUGCCUUGGAACUAUAGAUCACGUGAACUACGCAAUGAAAUGGCUCAAAACGACCUUUUUAUACGUGAGGAUGAAGUCAAACCCUCAACGAUAUGAUCCAGGAUUCAAAGAAGGUCAAAAUUGGGAAAGAAGGCUUGAAGGAAAGUUUCAAAUUCAUUAG